UUCUCAUUUUAGUUACACUCCUUAAUAUGAAUGCACCGAUGGAUGUAGUAUUUAAUCUAUUUCAUGGCAAUAUGAUUGACUAUUUCAUUCAAAAAAAUGAAAACAAAGAUUAUCUAGAUAAACUUGAGUUUAUUGGCUUCAAAACAGGUCAAUCUAUAGUUGAAAGGAUUACUAAAGAUACACCUAAAUUUAAAAAUGAGCUAGAUAUAAUUAAAUUUAUCUGCAAAGAAUUUUGGACCCAGAUUUAUCACAAACAAGUUGAUAAUCUUAAAACAAAUCAUCAAGGAAUUUAUGUGAUUCAAGAUAAUGAUUUUAUGUUUUUUAGCAAGGUAUCCAAAACAAAGAAGUUUACUGAAGAGUGUGUUAAAUUUCUAAGUUUACCAUGUGGCCUAUUAAGAGGAGCACUCAGUCAAUUGGGUAUUAAUUGCAUAGUCACAGCAGAAAUCGAAAACCUACCGAUAUGUAAAUUUCAAAUUGAAUUACAAAAAAGCUGAUGCUUUGUUAAUAAUGUUGUAAAUAUAAGUAAUUGUUAUAUAAAUAUUAAAUGUAUUUCAUAUAUUUAUAUUAUA